GAGACUUCGCUUUCACUGCACUUCAGUGUGCUUGCGAGCGAAAUAGCCGAGCUAACCUUGCUACAUACGCUUCAAAACAAUUAAAAUAUUUCGCACGACGAUGGAAAGGCUGAGCAUUUUAGAGAGUGAAAUUGGAGAGCCCUCUCUCCCGGUCUCCUCCCUGCACCUGCUGGUUCCUCCACUGCAACUCCUCUCUGCAGCCAUGUGGCAAAUUCUACAGCAGCAAGACGUGUUGCAUUAUGGGAAACUGGAGGAGUUUGUGUCUCUGGUGAUGGAGACAUUCCCAGAGCUGCUGAGUGAGAGCCAGAGGACCGAGCUGACUCUGGAGCUGCAGGAGUUUGGCUCCAAAAUUGACCCAGCUGUAGAGGAUCUGUUGUGGGAUCUCCUUUACAGACUGGAUCAGUUGCUGCCGGUACCCGACCUCAAACAGACUGUGUCCUGGCUCAGUGCUGCCCCCUCUGUCCUGGAGGACUGUGUGCAGUCUCUUCCAUACACAAACCAGCUGAAGACCCUACUCAGGCAUCACAGAAGUCUUGGACAGUUGGAAAUUAAUACAACACUAGCCUCCAUAGAGGAGUGCAAACUAUCCUCCAUGUCUUGCCCUCCAUCUCAAAGAGUGGUGGAUACUACCAAGUGGACAAUCACCAACAGCCAAUCAGUAUCAAUACUCAGUCAGUGCAUGAACUUUUCAGGUGACACAAUAAAGUCUGAAUAUGUGACAGACAGUUCAGAUUACACAGAGCCAAGCGACACACAAACUGACAUGAAGGAGGAGGAGGAAGAUACGGAGAGGUGGAGUGUUAAAAUUGAGGGAGACGAUGGUGUGAGAGAUGAAGAGGGACUCUGGAAGAAGGAAGAAAAAGAGAGAGAUGAACAGAGGGAUGGACAUAUAACUUACCAAGUUGGCCAAACUGACAAAUUGCAGAUGAAUGGAGUAAAAUCAGAACACGGACAUCAGGAAGGGGAGGACCUGUCUACUCUUGUCACUUCCUGUCUACUAAAACAACCUCGAGUGCUGAUUCACCGGGUAGAAAUUGCCAAUUGUCCAGUUUCUGUGUCAUCACUUCUUCCUCCUGUGGCCUCUAAAAGAGGUCAAGGUGUGAUGUGUCCAGGGAGAUGCCAUGAGAUCUCGUCACGGAGAGGAAGUGGAUCACUGAAACGGAAGGGUAAGGUUGUGACCCGGAAGAGAAAGACCCAGUUGAAGAAACCAGUUGCAUCAGAGAAUGGGAUCUGUGCUGAAGCCUCCCUUAUUUCUCCUGCCAUCUCCCUCAGGAACAAAAACACAGGACAAACUGUUGAGAUGUCGUCUCAGGACUUUGCCUGCUCCCUGUGCCCAUUAGUUGACACAGAGGAAGUGAAUCUUCACCAGCACAUUGAGAAGGUUCACCCAGAGGAGCUCAGCAGGACAGUGGGGUCCCAGCAACCUCCCAGCAGCACACAUCAGCACCCCACCCCCCCUAAGACACUCCCCACCUCAACAGGCACUCCAGGGGCCCACAAUUGUUCCCAGUGUGGGAAGGGCUUCAGUUCUUUGAAGAAACGUCAGCAACCUCAUCCAGGGAAACACCGAUACCAGUGUUCCCAGUGUGGGAAGGGUUUCUCUCAGUCAAGUCAUUUUAAGCAACACCAGAUAACUCAUACAGGGGAACGCCCAUUCCAGUGUCCCCAGUGUGGGAAGAGAUUUACUCGGUUAGGUCAUUUGAAGCAACACCAGAUAACUCAUACAGGGGAACGCCCAUACCAGUGCUCCCAGUGUGGGAAGCGUUUUACUCGGUUAAGUCAUUUGAAGAUACACCAGACAACUCAUACAAGGGAACGCCCAUACCUGUGCUCCUACUGUGGGAAGCGUUUCUUUCAGUCAAGUGAUUUGAAACAACACCAGAUAACUCAUGCAGGGUGUAAGAGUAAUUUUCUUAAUUGAUUCUUAAUUGACAAUGUGUGUUGACAUAAAGACAAUCACGUGAUUACUACGUAUUACUAUUAGAUCACUUUCUGAAUUAAGUGCUUACUAUGAGUCUUUCUCUGUCUCUCUCCAGCAGACAGACAGCCUUUCACCUUAAUGUCUCUGCUUCUCAGCUAGCACAUUCUGGUCUUACAGCAAGGUCGACAAGGGGUAUUCAGAAGGCAAAAUACUGAAAAAUGUUCGUGGCCAGCUUCAUGUCUUUUUGUUUUGGUAAAGCCCCCCCUUCAGGAAAAGUGUGUAUAAGCGUCUUACUAUGUCUGAUUCAAAUCAGAAAGCCGGUAAGCUUUCUCACUUUCUGUCAUUUUUUUGCAAAUAAAUACAAAAGUUAAA